UAGCUAUAAUCUUCACCACACGCCCUCUCCUCUUAACUUUCACUUUACUACUCUUUUUCUCUUUGCUAUAUAUACAUCUCUCUUCUUAUUAGACAUUGAUAGUUAAGUUAGUUAAGUUAGUUAGUUUGAAGGGAUAUAUAGAACAAAUUAAUUAAUUAAUUAAUUAGAUGAAAGAGGGUAACAAGAAGCAGGGUGCAGCUUCACCCUGUGCUGCAUGUAAGCUUCUAAGAAGAAGGUGUGCUCAAGAUUGUGUUUUUGCUCCUUAUUUCCCUGCUGAUGAGCCACAUAAGUUUGCUAAUGUUCAUAAAGUCUUUGGUGCUAGUAAUGUCAACAAGAUGCUUCAGGACUUACCUGAACAUCAAAGAGGGGAUGCAGUGAGUAGCAUGGUGUAUGAAGCUAAUGCAAGAGUGAGAGACCCUGUUUAUGGUUGUGUAGGGGCCAUUUCGUCACUUCAGCAACAAAUUGAUGUGCUACAAACCCAAUUGGCUGUGGCACAAGCUGAGGCAGUACACCUAAGGGUGCGCCAAACUGCAUCAUCAUUUUGGAAUAGUGCAGGGCAUAGCCCUACUAGUCCAACCUAUAGUGGCUCUCCAUCAUCCAAGAUCAAUGAAUCACAAGCCAAACAUAUUUUUGAUAUGGACAUGGUGGUGGUGGACCAAGAUGGGUAUGGUGGUGACUGGUGAUUCAAUGUGGUGAUGCAAUGCAACAGUUACUAUUAAAAUUAAAAUAUAUAGUUAUAUACUAGUAGUACCUAUUUAGCAUAUGUUUGAUAUCACGGUGAAUGUAUCAGAAUCACGAUGACUCACCGUAAUUUUGCAAAAGUUACACUUUGUAUCUUUUAAAAAAUCACAAUAGAUCACCGUAAUUCUGACAUA